GUUGUAGUUUUCGCGAAGAAGCCAUUUUGAUAAGUACAGGAAUUCGUCGAUAAGUGUCGCGGAGUAGGAAGCGAAGCCGCGACAGUUAUCGACUAGAGGAGGCGAAAAUUGAGUCUCGUUGGUUCUUAUCUUCCCUCGAACUUCGUUAGUUUUAUAUGAGAAAACGGAUAGAAUAUGGAAUAGAAAAGGGGGAAAUACAUCUGAUAAAAUAUAAUUAAUGAUAGUUGUUAAGUUUAUCGAGGUGGUGUCUUUUAUUAUGGAAAUUCGUAGGUGGUUGGAAAUUUCAUUUGGAAAUUUGUUAGUCUCGCUAGGAGCAGUACGAUACGAACGAAAUUCAUUUUGAAAAAAAGACUAACCUAACUUUUUCACCACUUUCCAAGCAUUUUCAAGUUCUAGACUUGGAAUCAAAUCGUUAUAGUAAAUCAUUAUAGUAACAGUUUUAAAAACUGAGAACAAUAUAGAUUCGGUGUUUUGCUCUAGCUUAUAAAUAAGAAAGAAAAGAAAUGAGUUAUACGAAACAACACAAGAUGCUUCUACAAGUUAUCAUGCACGAAGGACUUUUGGAGGAAAGCAAGGCGAAACAAUUAGUUAUUGAAUUAUUUAACAAUGAUGAAAUAUCGCUAGUAAUAAAUCAAAUAAACAAGAAGUUACAGCCGUUAAAUAUGUUAAUCAAAAAAGCUGAAUGUGAAAUUACAGGUCAAGUAUACUGGAUUUAUGUAGAUACUGUAAUAGAUGAAGUUAACCGAUUUCAAGAGGAAUUUUCGAAAGCACAGUUAGCCCUUCUAAGAAACAUAUUUUCAGAAAUUAUAACAUCAAAUGAUGGACGUAUCCAAAGCACAACUUGUUUGAAUUUAUGUUCUUUGCCAGAUGUUAAAUUAACCAAAACAAAUGCAGAGGAGCUUUUAGAAGACAUAGUCGACAGAAAGUGGUUGAUUUAUAAGAAUGGUUAUUACUAUAUGGGUGUAAGAAGUAUAGCAGAAUUAAUGCCAUAUUUUAAAGAUUCUUAUGGUAGUAACUUACGUACCUGUUCUCUCUGCAAGCAAGUUAUUUUUCAUGGCGAAAAGUGUAGCAACUGUGAAAGUAAGUUACAUUCAAAUUGUUUAAAACGGUGUGCCAUGGUUCAAAACCCUGUGAAGUGUCCUAACUGUAAUACAGUUUUUCCUGAUUUUAAUAGCUCUGAAUAAACAUAUACAGGUGUAACGGCUGAUUCAACAAACGAAGACAUGGAAUUUUUUUUUUUUAUAUAUUAAUUUAUUUAAUUUAUUUUUUGUUUUCUUUAUUUAGUAUGUAUCGUUUUAUUUUCUACAAAUUUAUAAUCAGUAUUUAUAAUACUGUACUUGUUUACAUAUGUAUACGUACAAAUAUCUACAAUGUUCAGUAUAAUAUACGCUUAAUCUUUUGUACUUUAUAGUUUGAAAGGUAAAAGUAUUCCUAGCAGUUGUAAGAAAUUAUAUUUACAAAUAUGUACAGUACAAUAUAGUAUAAUUUUUCAAGA